CUCUUGCGUAACAGUCGCUCGCGCUUGUCCGCGCAUGCGCGGUCGCGCUGGGUCUGUCCGCCAUUGAGACACACAAUCUCCGAUAGAAACGGGUCAGCGGCAGUGACACAGACGACACUCGUGUUUCUACAUUCCUCGUGCGUUGAGGUCUGACGGUUACCGUUUUUUUACAACGUCUUUUUACAGUCCGUUUACACUGGUGUUUCUUUUUUGUCCCGAGAAACGUUUGAUGGACCUGCACAGGAUAUUUUAGCAGCGUUUAGUGUUCCCGUUAGCGGGUUAAGAGAACCGAGCCUGGCUCUGCUCUGGGGGCAAGUGCGCCUACAGCAGCUCAGCGUUUGAUGGAUCCUAGAAUCGCCUGGUUUCAGCCAGAGCAGCGCGGACCUGCCAACAACCUGUGGAUGCACAUCUGGGAAACGACGCAGACGCUGGGAAACCUCUACUUCCACAACAACUGCAACACAGCCAGCGCCAAACUGACGAGCGGUGGAGGCGACGGAGCGUCGAGCAACGCGGCCGACAGCAGCGGCACGCGCACGGAUCAUCAGGGGAUGUCUGGAUCCAAACUCGACAGUAAGGUCCCCGAACAAAUAGACUUCAUCCCUCUGGAAGGCAAUAACAACAAUAACAGCGGCGGCGGAGGGGGGCAAGUGGGUGGCAGCAGGGUCGCGGGAGUGGGAACGGAGUUGCCAAGCAAGAGGAGAAGAGACAACAAGGCGAGCACCUUUGGCUUUAACAGGAGUCUGCUGCUGACGGAUGGGGCGGAGGACAUUUACACGUGCACACCGUGGAAGAGCAGAAACUACUCGGAAGGCAUUGUGGGCCUGCAUGAGGAGAUAAAGGACUUUUAUGAGUAUAUUUCUCCUCGUCCAGAGGAGGAGCACAUGAGGCUAGAGGUGGUGGCCAGGAUCCACAGAGUCAUCAAGGACUUGUGGCCCAAUGCCGAGGUUCAAGUGUUUGGCAGCUUUAGCACAGGCUUGUAUUUACCUACAAGUGAUAUAGACUUGGUGGUUUUUGGUCACUGGGAGACUUUACCUCUCUGGACUCUGGAAGAGGCGCUGCGCAAGAGAAAAAUUGCAGAUGAGAACUCUGUCAAAGUCCUGGACAAAGCAACGGUACGAGCACCUCUGUGUCAUACACAUGCGCUGGCUGUUUUUGAUGUCAGACAUCCCCUGCUUGUGCUUUAA